CCCAGAGCCGCCGGAGACAUCAAACUCACCCGAAACCCGAGCGGCAGCACCCCGGCGAGCGGCGACAUGAGCAAAGCCAAGACCCCCACCACCGACCCCCCGGCCAAUGGACAGCCAGGGGCCCCGGAUCCCCCGGCAGAGACCCCCCAUCACAGCGAGGACCCCGCCGCAGCCAAGGCCUUCUAUGACAACCUGGCCCCCAAGAAGAAACCCAGACUGGUAUGUAGGGUCCACUGCCUUCUCCCCGGGUCUGCAACCCUCUGAGUGCCAGGGGACCCCCCAAUAAUGGCACCCAGGGGGUUAACUGUCCCUGAAUUCUAACACUCCAGCACUGAGAGGGUUAACUAUCCCUGAAUUAUAAUACUCCAGCAGUGAGAGGGUUAACUAUCCUUGAAUUCUAAUACUCCAGCACUGAGAGGGUUAACUAUCCCUGAAUUCUUAUACUCCAGCAGUGAGUGGGUUAACUAUCCCUGAAUUUUAAUACUCCAGCACUGAGAGGGUUAACUAUCCCUAAAUUCUAACACUCCAGCACUGAGAGGGUUAACUAUCCCUGAAUUCUAACACUCCAGCACUGAGAGGGUUAAAACCCCAUGGCUGAUACUUUUAUUCUACUUCAACUCUAGACUGAAUACGUAUUCUCUCUCCAAGAUUUACAUUAAUUAAGCUUUUUUUUCCCAGCUCUGCCCAAGAUACACAUUUAUUAUUUAUUACUUUUAUUUUUCAGCCAAAGCCCCAGAAUGCUGUGACCAUCGCAGUCUCCUCCAGGACCCUGUUUAACAUGUCUGAGGAUAGGAAAGUGUAUGAGGAGGAAGGGGUGGAGAAAUAUGUACAGCUACAACAGGACCAAGAAGAGGUGCCCUUACAGACAGGGCCUGCAUACCCCUUUGUGAUGGUAAAUAUCCUGUCUAAACAUGUUUACAAUAAGAUACAUAGUACAAAAACACACAAACUCUGAGAUUUCAGUAUUUGGCUAUGGGCUGGCUGAGCAUGGUGGGAGUGAUCAGCUGCAUGCCUAGCUGUGCCUGCUUAGGGGGUGGGAUGUGGUGUCACUCUGGGUCUCUUCCUCAUAUCUGACAAGUCAUGCUUCAGGUAUUUGCAAGGGUGUGUCUGUGAACAGAUACUUCAUUAGUUAGACAGAGAAUAAAAGGAAGCUAGGCCUGGCCUGGGCUGUAAAUGUCAACACCCAGAGAUGGCAGAGAUAGGAUUCACAGAGAGGUGAAAGUAUUGCAGGACUUUUUACAAAAGUCUUGACUGCAGUAAUCCAAAGUGCAUAUCAACACUUUAGUCCAAGAUUGCUAAAAUUAAAACAUGGUUAUUGUGAUGAUUAACGGUACAGCUAUAUAUUGUAAUCUAGAAUUUCAAAAUCACUUACAAUUCAAAGGAUUCUUACGUAAGUGAUUAAAACUGCAUGGUCCAGUGCUGCCUGAGGUUAGUGGGGGUUAGUGUCGCAUGGCCGCUAUUUCAGCUGCUGUCAUUAAAGGGACACUACGGGCACCUAUACUUUAAUGCAUUUGAUAAUUUGGGGGAAUUUCUUUGUUUUUUUUUUUUUUUGCAUGCUCAAAUCUUUAUAGUUUUUGCAUAAAAUAAAUGUUUUGCAGAAUGCUGCACCAUAAGCCUGUAUGUUUAGCCAAACACCCUUAUUCCAAAAGUGGACUUGAAUUACAAAGCAACCUGAAUUAGUAGGAGAGGACGCCCAGGGAGGCACAUAGUAAUUAUAUCACACAAACUACCUGUUUUGUAGUUUCUCUGAUUUUCUGUCUCCCGGUAGUGCAUUAAUAGCAGUUCAGUCAGUGCUAUUGGGGCUGAGACUGUGUGCAAAUGUUUUGAUAAGGAAGUGUUUCUGAAAUGAGGGGUUGUGGCUCAUGAGGGGGGCUUAUGGUGCAGAAUUCUGCAAAACAUUUAUUUUAUGCAAAAACUAUAAAGAUUUGAGCAUGCAAAAAAAAACUUUAUUUUGUUAUGUGCAAAAACUAUAAAGAUUUGAUCAUGUCAUGCAAAAAUAUAUACUCUAUUUUCUGGCGUAUAAGAUGACUUUUUUAACCUUGGAAAAUCUUCUUCUCCAAAGUCGGGGGUCGUCUUAUACGCCGGGUAUAGGGUCUAUAUGGCUGCCGGGGGCGCCCCCAUCGCCGGCCCUUCUAAUGCUGCAGCUGCCUGAGCGCUCUAUAGAGAGCGCUCAGACGGCUGCCGCACUCCCUCUCUUCUCACCUCCCCUUCCCUGUGUAGCGUGGGUGGCCGAGCUCCUCUUCAUCCUGUCAGUCCGGCCGGGUACCGCGCGGUACAGGAGAUUCAGUUGCCUGUUCCCGGCCGGACUGAAAGCUCUGUCUGCUCACUGUACAUCAUGGCUAAUUUUUAUUUGGUGUGCAUUGGAAGAGGGGUAGUCUUAUACGGCGAGUAUAUCCCAAACUCUAUAUUUUAACUGGAAAAGUUGGGGGUCGUCUUAUAUGCCGGAAAAUACGGUAGCAUAUUCAUGAGGCCAAAACCUAUCAAAUGCAUUCAUUUUCUCUUGGUGGCUGGAGUGGUGUCCCUUUUAAAAUGGUUUCGGAUACUGUAUGGGAGUGUAACUCCCACUAACCUUGGGCAGACUGAGAUGUGUGUCCCAGUUCUGCUUGAGAUUAGUUCCCCCAGAUGGCACGGAAGUUGUCUAUGCGUUACCUGUUCGUUUUUGUUUUUUUUGCCGGUGCCCUGUGAAACAGCUUCCAGGGACCAGUCUACUUUGAGUUUCUAAUGCUGAAAUUAGGCCAGUAUUUAAAGGGACACUAUAGUCACCUGAACAACUUUAGCUUAAUGAAGCAGUUUUGGUGUAUAGAACAUGCCCCUGCAGCCUCACUGCUCAAUCCUCUGCCAUUUAGGAGUUAAAUCCCUUUGUUUAUGAACCCUAGUCACACCUCCCUGCAUGUGACUUGCACAGCCUUCCAUAAACACUUCCUGUAAAGAGAGCCCUAUUUAGGCUUUCUUUAUUGAAAGUUCUGUUUAAUUAAGAUUUUCUUAUCCCCUGCUAUGUUAAUAGCUUGCUAGACCCUGCAAGAGCCUCCUGUAUGUGAUUAAAGUUCAAUUUAGAGAUUGUGAUACAAUUAUUUAAGGUGAAUUACAUCUGUUUGAAAGUGAAACCAGUUGGUUUUUUUUCAUGCAGGCUCUGUCAAUGAUAGCCAGGGGAGGUGUGGCUAGGGCUGCAUAAACAGAAACAAAGUGAUUUAACUACUAAAUGACAGUGAAAUUGCAGGGGAAUGAUCUAUACACUAAAACUGCAUUAUUUAGCUAAAGUAAUUUAGGUGACUAUAGUGUUCCUUUAAUUAUAGAUAAUGUAUGCUGACAGCUUUGGCAGUCAACACCUUAUUAUCUAAGAGGCAGCUUGCUCCUGAUAAAUUAUAUAACUCUGUAAGUAAUAUCAGUUUUUCAUUGCAGCACUGUUUUUUUUUUUGUUUGUUUUUUAGGGAAUUGAUAGAGGUUUCUAACCUGGGGUACAGCCUAGCAUUGUGGUAACAUGUAUUUAUGGGCUAUAUAUCACUACAACUGCUUUAACUUAUAUCUCUUUACAAGUGUAAACCAGAAUAAUCGUAUUUACCCGUGUAUUCUGAACUCUUGUAAUGAAUUCCAUUCAGAAUAAUAACUGUAUACCUGCACGUUUCCCUAGAAUAAGGUAUAAAUAACAUUUUAAACCCAUUUGAUAGACUCAUGUGGAUUUUCCACUAAAAUGCAAAUUUUGUUUGCCCAUAUUAUCUGAGCUGCAAGAAUUGUUAAAUUAGAGGAUUUUUCGAAUGCAAUGUUGGCCUACAGUUUGCCAUUUCUGCAAAAUUCUGAGAUUGUUUAAUAACUCAAUCAGGUCAGACACUUCUUAUACAGUUUUUGUAUUUCUGGUAUUCUGUAUUGCAUUUGCAGGUAGAGUGCUAGGUUUUGUUUUUUUAAUUGCAUUUUAGGUAUCUCCCAGAGGAUCAUGGGUGCUUAAUCAAGAACUGGAAAUUAAAACACUGACCUCACCUGCUAUAUAUUUACCUUAGAUGCACUCUGCAUGGUCCUGGGGCUUGCCAGUCAGUCUCUCUGUUAUGGAGGUUGCUAGGAACCCCCUCCAGAUCGUUGGCAUGCAUGUGACACUUAACUUUUUAACCCAAGUAAUUCUGGUCUGGUUUCGUUUUUUUUAAGUGAAAGUUCUUCUUCUGCAGUAAAUAUGUAAAUUUCAUCCCUGUUUGGAUAAAAUGUAUCUCAGCCAAUGAAUUCCAUCUGAACAUGGGCAGAAUCAAUGUCACUAAUACUAAUGCAAAAGUAAGGACAUCUCCAUUAAUGUUGGAAACAUGUUUUUAACUAUUUACCAUGGAACUGCGCCAGGGUACUCCUGGUACCAUAACCACUACAGCAGACUGUAAUGCUUAUGGUCCCUAGACUGUCCCUUUUUAAUAUAGAGAAUUACGUGGAAGUAAGGAAGUACACAAGGUAGAGAUCGUUUUUAAUACUUUCCAGAGAAGUGACAUCCCAUUAACUGUGCAAUUAUUAUUAAUAGAGACCAGGGUAAGUUAAUUCUAGUAAAGAGUGCUGUUCGCUGCUGUGUAAUGCGAUUUAUUUUACUUAGGAAAACUGCAUAUUGAGGCUUUGAAAUGAGAAGCUAUGAAAUCUAUAGAAACUGCAGGACACAGAUUUCUUUUUUUUUAAAUUUUUCUCUCAUGUAGCAACUUUAAGAUUGCAAAGCUGGAAAGCCCGCCUCAGGGGCCCACUAGUACAGGGCCACAUGUCUAGUAAACCGGUCACCCCUGCUUACUUGUUUGAAUGUACACGUGUACACCAAAUGUGCAGCAAGAAAUGCACUUUUGUGUAGAGCUGUUCAGGCUCUUAGAAGCCUUGGGAUAUUUUACUUGGGCAGCAGGUAUUUAAUUGCUGCAAGGCCUCAGCGUGUGUCUACAUGUCCUAGUGUUAAUCUGACACUGGUAUUUGUGAGCAGAAAUACUGCACCAAACACUUGCUCCAACUCUUAUAAUGCUCCAUGUUAUUACAAUGAAUACUACUCUUCUACCUAAAAUUAAACAAUAUUUUGCUUAGCAUGACUCAUUUGUGACCACUUGGACCUGUCUAUUAGUUUCUUUUUUUUUGUGACGGCAGAUAAGAACCAUUCGGCCCAUCUAGUCUGUUGCUGUUGGACAGUAAAGAGAGGGUUUAAAAAUUAUAGGAUCCUCUGUGUCUUGAAAUAAAAUAUAAAUUCCCCUAACAUGGAUUUUAAAUUACAUACAUCUAUGAAGACAUAAUGUCUCCUGGCUUAAAGGGACACUAUAGUCACCAGAACAACUACAGCUUAUUGAAUUUGUUCUGGUGAGUAGAAUCGUUACCUUCAGGCUUUUUACUGUAAACACUGUCUUUUCAAAGAAAAUGUAGUGUUUACAUUACAGCCUAGUGAUAACUUCACUGGCCACUCCUCAUAUGGCUGUUAGAGAUCCUUCCUGGGUCAUGGCUGCCUAAAAUGCAUCCAAACAUUCAGUACCUCCUCCCUCUGUAUGCAGACACUGAACUUUCCUCACAGAGAUUCAUUGAUUAAAUUCAUCUCUAUUAGGAGAUGCUGAUUGGCCAGGGCUGAGUUUGGAUUGUGCUGGCUCUGCACCUGAUCUGCCUCUUUGUCACUCUCAGCCAAUCCUAUGGGAAAGCAUUGUGAUUGGCUCAGAACACAACUUCUGAUGACCCAAGCCAGCAGAUUAGGAACAUAAACAGCAGGUGCCUGCAAUAUAGGUAAGAUUUUGAUAUAUUUAAAGGGGAGGCUGGAUGGUGUCUUUAACCCCUUAAGACCGCAGGGCGUACUAUUACGUCCUCUAAUAGGCGGCUCUAAACGCCGCCGGGCGUAAUAGUACGCCCUCCGGUCUUUCUGUACUUACCCGGUCGCCGGCGGUCCCACACCGGCGAUCGCGGUGAGGGGGACUCCCAGGGAGCCCCCCGCGGCACGACCGUCCUCCAGGAAGCCCCCCGGCCGGGUGAGAGUGGGGUCCUAGCGAGGACCCCACAAUCACAUGGCCGGGUAUAGCUGGCUUCUGUAUUGCCAGCAGGGGGGCUGCCUGUAAUUACAGGGGGUCCCCCUGCUGGCUGAAAAUAAAAGUAAAAUAAGUUAAAAGUGUAAAAAAAUAAAAUUAUAUAUACUUAGAUCAUAUAUAUAUAUUAUAUAUAUAUGAUCAAAGUAUAUAUAUACACAUAUACAUACACACAUGUACACCGUCUAGGUGUAUUUUACUAUUAAUAUAUAUAUAAUUAUAUAUAUAUAUUAAUAUCAAAUUACACGUACACUGAUACUGAUUAAAUAUAUAUAUAAUUAUUGUUAUAUAUAUAUUUAUAUAUAUUAUAAAAAAAAUUAAAAUGUAAAUACGUUAAAAAAUAAAAUUACAAAAAUAAUUAAAAAUAAAUAAUUAAAAAAUAUAUAGAUGUGUGUUAUUUCGUUCUAACUGUAUUGUGAAAUUAAUAUAUAUAUAUAUAUAUCAAAAUACACAUAGAACGAAAUAAUAUAUAUAUUUAUACACAUAAAUAUAUACGUAUAUAUCACUAUAUAUAUACCUAUAUAUAAAUAAAAAUAUUUUAAAAAAAUUAUAUAGAUAUAUACAUAUAUAUACACAUACGUAUAUAUAUACAUAUAUUGAUUCUACAUAUAUAUUUAUGUAAUAUUUUACAUAAUUAGGUAUCUUAAUUAAUUACAAUUAGCAGGACCUGCAUGACAACCCAUGCCGAAAGUAAAGGGAAUUUAAUUUGCUAGCACUAUAUUUAACCCUAUAACUUUCCGAGACACCAUAAAACUUGUACUUGGGGGGUACUGUUCUACUCGGGAGACUUCGCUGAACACAAAUAUUAGUGUUUCAAAACAUUAAAAUGUAUUACAACGAUGAUAUCGCCAGUAAAAGUGACGUUUUUUGCAUUUUUCACGCACAAACAGCAUUAAACGGACAAUAUUAUUGCUAUGAUACUUUUUACUGUUUUGAAACACAAAUAUUUGUGUUCAGUGAAGUCUCACGAGUACAACAAUACCCCUCAUGUACAGGUUUUAUAGUGUUUUCAAAAGUUACAGCGUCAAAUAUAAGGCUUGCGUUUCAUUUUUUUCACAUUAAAAUUCGCCAGAUUGGUUACGUUGCCUUUGAGACCCUAUGGUAGCCCAAGAAUGAAAAUUACCCCUAUGAUGGCAUAACAUUUGCAAUAGUAGACAACCCAAGGUAUUGCAAACAGGGUAUGUCCAGUCUUUUUUAGUAGCCACUUAGUCACAAACACUGGCCAAAAUUGGCGCUUUUUGCAUUUUUCACACACAAACAAAUACUAACGCUAACUUUGGCCAGUGUUUGUGACCAAAUGGCUACUAAAAAGACUGGACAUACCCCAUUUGCAAUACCUUGGGUUGUCUACUAUUGCAAAUGGUAUGCCAUUAUGGGUGUAAAUUUCAUUCCCUGGCUACUAUACAGUCUCAAAGGCAACGUAACCAAUCUGGCGAAUUUCAAUUUCAAAUGUAACGUGCUAUAUUUGACCCUGUAACUUCCCAAAACGCCAUAAAACCUGUACAUAGGGGGUACUGUUUUACACGUGAGUCUUUGCUGAAUACAAAUAUGUGUAUUUUAUUGCAGUAAAAGCAAACAGUAUUAUGACACUGACCGUUAAAAUGUCAUGUAGAACUAAAAAAAUUUAAAAAAUCGUAUUUUCUCCCAUUUUUUUCACAUUAAAUUAUGUUUCAUAGCUAAAUAUUUGAUAUUAAAUGAAAGCCCUGUUUCCCCUGAAUAAAAUGAUAUAUAAUAAGGGUGGGUGCAUUUACUAUGAAAGAGGUGUAUUACGGUUGGACAGACAUGUAGCGCAAAUGCCAGGUUUUGUUUACAUUUUGUUUUGUUCACAACGUGUACAUUUGGCUCCGUCCUUAAGGGGUUAACACUAUAGGGUCAGGAAUACAUGUUUUGUAUUCCUGACUCUGCAGUGUUCAUUUUAAAGGGACAUUCUAAGCAAUACAACCAUUACAGUUCAGUGUGUUGGUUAUGUUGCUUUGAGUGUCUUGGUGCCAUACACCAAAUUCGUGUAAAAUACUGAAGUAACAGUUUUACAUCAACUAAGGCCCUUCCUGACCGCCCCCCUUUCUUCAGCUGCAUUGAUAAUGUGGAUUUUACACUUCCCCCUUUAUCAAUGUAAGUUUUGUCAAACCUAUAUGUUGACUUCGGGCCAGUGAAAGGAUUUUUGCCACCCUAGGCAAACACAAAUUUGCCCCACCCAUAUGCCAUAUGGGCCAAUGCCAAUUCUGUAUACAGUUUCUUUUAUCUGAUAAUACAGUGUGUUUACAUUAAAAAGCCUGCAGGGACAGGCUAUAGACCCCAGAACCAUUACAUUAAGCUGUAAUGGUUCUGAUGACUAUAGUGGCCCUUUAAUGUGAGGCAAAUUAGAGAUUAGUGCAACUAAUAAUAUACUAGAUUUCCUACUUACCACCAGAUGAGGAGCACAAGAGGAUGAUGAUGGGCUCAGGCUGCAGUCUGGUGUAGAAGAGGCUCUCUGGAGGCUGUUUGUAACAGUGCUCACAAAAAUCAACAAACCGGAAGCAGCUCCAUUUUUGGGGCCCCUUAACACAGCUCAAGCUCCGGGCCCCCAGGGCCUGACCGUGAGUAUGCCUACAAGGCCCGCCCAUAAGUCCACCUACAUGGCCCAUACAUAAGUUCGCUCACAGGGAGUGUGUAGGGGAUGUGUUGUGUGUUAUUGUAGAGGAUGUAAUAUGUGUGCUUAUGGAAUGUAGUGUGUGUUUGUGUACGUGUGUUAGUAAUGUAAUGCAGUGUGUGUCUGUAAGGGGUGCAUUGAGUUUGUGUAAGUUAUGCAUUUUGUUUCUGUGUGUGUGCGUAAGGGAUACAUUGUGUGUUUUGGUGUGUCUGUGUGUGGGUAGGGAUGCAUUGUGUGUUUUGCUGUGUCUGUGUGUGGGUAGCGAUGCAUUGUGUAGUGUGAAAGAGAGGGUUUGUGGGGUAGGAUAGGGGCUGAGAGAGAAGCAGCUCUUUUUUUUUAUUUUUAUAGUGCUCUCCCCUCCUGUCAAUUAGUGAUCUCCCCUCCCCUCCUGUCCCUUAUUGCUCUCCCCUCCUGUCUCUUUCUGCUCUCCCCUCAUGUUCCUCUGUGAUAUCCCUCCCCCCUCCUGUCCCUUAGUGAUCUCAUAUAAUGUGUCGUCGUCGUCCCCCACCCCCCCUUGGUGAUCCUCCCUCUCACCUACCCCCUUAGUAUUAUUUCCCCCCUCCCUGUGGUGCCUCCUUCCUAUCUUUGUAGCGUGGCCGGGCAGCACGGACAGGAGCUCCUGUUUCCUGUACCUGGCUGGACUGACAGGAAGUGCUCUCUCUGCGCCGCCCGGCCAUGCUACAUUGAAUGACUGGCAGGAGAGAGCUCUGUGCGCUUCCCUCCUGCCGGUUCACUCAAAUCUGGGCCCCCUAGGCGACUGCCUAAGUCGCCUAUAGGACACGUCGGCCCUGCUUAGAGUGCUAGCUAUGGUGUUGAUUAGAAUAUAAUGUUAAAGGGACACUAUAGUCACCAGAACAACUAUAGCUUAAUGUAGUUGUUCUGGUGAGUAUAAUAAUUUCCUUCAGGCAACUUCAUACAAACAUUGCCUUUUUAGAGAAAAAGAUGGCCACUGGAGGUGCUUCCUGGGGCAGUGCUGCAGAGUAGGUAGCACUGCCGUUCAGCGUCUUCACGCUCUGCUCAUUGAUUCAAUGCAUCUCUAUGAGGAGGUACUGAUUGGCCAAAACUGCGUGUUGCCUUGCCUCCUUGCCUUUUUUCCUUGCCUAUGGUAAAGCAUUAGAUUGACUACAAAAUCUAAUGAUGUCAACAAGAAGGCGGUUCAGGGGUCAAGCGAGCAUCGUCAGACCCCCUUCUAAGGGGGGGGACAAACCACCUAAAUGGUUGUUUUAACACUACAGGGUCAGGAUUACAUGUUUGUGUUCCUGACCCUAUAGUGUUCCUUUAAAGUUCUAGUGAUACAUGAUACAUUUAUUGCACGAUGUAAAACUGCAUCUCUUAAAGAAUAUAUAGAGAAUUAUAAUCUAGAGAUACAUUGUCCAGAGUUCAGCCAUUACAUGUAUUACUGGAUUAUCAGGUAAGGUGUGGAUUGUAAACCUUUCACACAUUGCUUACAAUACCUACAUUGCUGUGGUCAAAGAUUGGAAUAGAUGACGAAAUAGAGUAGAGUGUUUGGGUGUGUUGCAUUCUGUUAUUGUUCACUCUUUCCUGUCCUGUUUACACUUUGCCUGCGCCUUUAAAGUGAAUCACAGAGGGCCACACUAGGUCACAGCACCAAAAAACAAAUAUUCCUCUAGAGUUUAUCUUUAAAUAACUGGAUUACAGAAUGGCCAAUUGGGUAAUAGCCAGGGGAACGUUCUGUUUGUCCACAGCAUUCUACUGAAUUGUCUAGUUCUGUUAACAACUUUCCCUGAGAAAGCGCAUAGAAAGUACUUUCAGUUUGUCCACUAUUUUGUCCCUAUACUUGCGUAUAUUCUCUCCUUUCUGUAUUGUAUGGCAUUGGAUCACAUAAAUAACAUACAUAUAUAAUUAUACAGCUAGUUAACUAGGUAAACCCUGCACUUGUCAUGAACUGCAACAACGUGUUAUCUAAAUUCAGGAGACCAUUAUUACAGUAUAUGUAGAAUAUCAUAUCAGUAUGUCUUUUCCCAAACUAUAUUCCACUAAUAUAGACAUGUCAUUAUGUUUUGUUAAAACUUUUUUUUAAAAAAAUGUUUACAAAAAUUUAAAUUGGUUAGGAUUAGGGCGAGGGUGCCUUUCAAUUUAGAGUCUUGGGAGUCUGCCCAAGAGUGAUGGUUGUUACACUCCUGCAGUUUCUCACAAUAAUGAUAUGUCAAGAGAAGAACUCCUCAGCUCCUCUCUUGACAUAAUCUUAGGAGAAGGGCUGAAUUAAGCUUGUAUAUGGUUGCCCGGGAAUGUAACACCCAUUAAUCACUGGCUGGCCCAGGACAUAGUUGUAAAUUAAAUACUCCUCACAGUGCCAAUUAUGAAUUGCAGAGACUAAUGCAAUGUGCAUUAGUGAGAAAACAUUAUCUAUCUGUCUAAUAUUAUUAUUUUAGUUUUAUUACACCAGUAAUUCGAAUUUACAUUUUGUUUGUCAAUGAAAAAAAUACACUGCCAAAAUCAUCAGUACCCUGUCAAAUUCAAUAUUGGGUUUGAUUAAAGUUCAAAUAAAUUAGCAGGCUUUUGCCAAAUUACAAUUCAUGUUUGUUGAUGAGCUCAGAACCUAUCCCUAUUGCCAAUAAGGUUGUUUACUAAAAUUUACAAUCUGUUGCUAUGUGCCUGGCCAAAACAUGGUAUUCAGGGCUGUCUGUAACAAAUGGCAAAAUGCUGGGGGAUAAAAAAUGGGAGAGCAGGGGGCAGGGUACCUGUGUCAAGAACAGACCAUGGAAACAUUCUGAAUGCCGGUGCUUGUAGGAGAAAACUACAAUGCACCUGGUGGAAGAGAAAGACACUGGGAAAAGGUAACCAGAUGCUUAUAUAUAUGUGUGUAUGUAUUUUUACAGUGGAAAUUGGGUGGUCUUAAGGGGCUAUCAAAUAUUUUUUUGGGCUAAGGCCCCAGGGGCUUACUCACCUAGCAACAUCACUGCUGAUACUGCUAGAGGGGAAUUGUGACUUCCACAUAAUGGCCUGACCCCUCGUUUUGUAAUAGACUGCUUGAAAUUUCUAAAGGACCACUACAGGCAUCCAAACAACUUCAGUUCAAUGAAGUGGUCUAGGUGCAGUAGCCUAGUCAUUUUAGCUCUUCAAUAUAGUACAUCGCUAUUAAGUAAAUACGGCAAUGUUUUGAUUGAAGGGUUAAACAUGCCUCUAAUAGUUGUCUUCCUGACAGCUACUAAAGAUGCUUACACUGCAAUAAAGGAGUUUCACUUUGUCAUGUGACAUUCAGCAUUCCUGGGGAUGUCGAACCUAAUCAACUGCUGCUCGUAGGGAUGCAUUUGACUCGAUACUUCCCGAUUAAACGCAUUAGAUUGGACGUGUGCUCGCCACAUCUCAUCCACAAUGGUUCUCUAUGGAUGCCUCCGUGAUCACAUUGCGGGAGAAGGAGCAGGCAGAGGCACUGAGUGAGUCUCGGAGCUGGAGAAGAAGUAAAUACAAAUAUAUUUUCUUUUUUUACCCUUUUUCCAAAAAGUGUCCCUAAAUCUAAAUAGGGAGAGACUAGAACACGAACGCUAUAGUGUUAUUUUAACAGAAUAAUUUGGCUCCAUAUACAAAACCGGAUAUAGUGGUUACAAUGGUUAUGGUUUUCCUUUCAAAUAAACCAGUUUAAUUUAUUUAUUUUACCCUGAAAUCUUGAAACACUUUUUAAGUAUUUGCACCCACUUGGGAUGUAUUGCUCUUUCUGGUUUUAAUAACUUUAAGUUAUGUCAGCUUUAAUUAAACAAGGGUUGGUAAGUAAAAAAGAAAUGUAACUCCUUCUCCACCUUUUUAUGAAACCUGAAAUCCAAACUUUCGAUUAAUUGAAUAAUUACAGCCUUCUAUUUAUGGGAUAAUGAGAAUUCUCCAAGCUCUAUAACGUAUGUGCUCUUUCUGUAGGUUGUGGUGUAGGGAGGUCCCUGUCUUUCUUCAUACUUUGUGUAAUUGCUGCAACUUUGUGCACACCUCUGUGAUCUGGUUAGCACAGUGUGUGCAGGAACAAUGUACAAACACCUUUUUAAGUCAUUCAUCCACAAGCGUCGUGACCAUCUUAAAGGACACUUUUAUGCUGGCUGUGCGAAUUUCAAGUUGCACUCGGCAGAGGAACAAUUAAAACCACAGCAAGAGUCCCUGGCUAUGGUUCAAAUGUGGUCAGCCUGGUUUAGUAUUGUUAAAGGAUCACUAUAGGUUCAGGAACACAAACAUGUAUUCCUGACCCUAUAGUGCUAAACCCACCAUUGGCUUAGCCCCCUAUAAAAGUUUAAAACUCACCUUCUUUCCAGCGCCGUGUGAGUCUGCGGCGCUGGCUCUGCCCUCUUUGUGACAUCAUCAAAAUGGCCGAUUUUUAGCCAAUAAAAGCAUUGGAUUAGCUAAAAUUGUCUCGGGGUGGGGCCAAAUGCCAUUUUGGACAAUCAGGACCUCCUUAUAGAGAUGCUUUGAAUCAAGCGUGGAGACGCUGAAUGGCAGGGCUGCUUACUGUGCACUUGGAGGUGUCCCUAGGGGCAAUGUAAACACCGCCUUUUCUAUGAAAAAGGCAGUGUUUACAUGAAAAUGCCUGAAGGGAGCUAUUAUACUCACCAGAGCAACUACAUUAAGCUGUAGUUAUUCUGGUGACUAUAGUGUCCCUUUAAAUAUACAGUGGGACCUCGGUUUACAAACGCCUCAGUUUACAAAUGAAAAUCCAUUGAAAAUAAUGCCUUGGUUUACACAUUUUUUUUUGCAAUACAAAGCAAGUUUCCCCAGGAUGCAUUGCACCUGGGAGGUUUAUAGCACUGCCCCCUGCAUGCUGGAGCCUGUGGGUAGCACGGCGCGUUUUAGAGCCAUUCUGUCAAAUGUUUGCAGUUGUUUUGGGACUUUUUGGCGCAUUUCUCAAGCUGUGGAAAGGUGGGGAGCUGAGCUUUGUCGUUUGCAUGCCUUUUAUUGUGUGUUCUGCAUUGUGGGUUGGUUUCCAUGCCAGCUUAUUUUGACUUUUUUCUGACCUCCAGAACGGAUUAAUUGGUUUUCAAUGCAUUCCUAUGGGAAACCGCGUUUCGGUUUACAAAUUUUUCGCAAUAAGAAACGUCCCGGAGAACGCAUUAAAUUCGUAAACCGAGGUCCCACUGUAUUCUAUUAUAAAAAAUUAUGUUUGGGGUCUAUUCGCUAAAAAGUAUGUUGAUGAUCAAAUAUUGAAUACAUCAAAUAUUAAAAUUCAGUCCAAAAUAUUUAUUUUGGUAAAAAUAAGAGAAAAAAAAUAUCGUAAGACAUAAUUAUGUCAAACAACUGCUCGUAGCCUAAAUCUUGCUGUUUGCUUUUCAACAUGCCACUAAUCACUGCUCCAGUUUGUGUCUAUUUCACAAUUUACAAGGAUCCAAUAAACCGUUCUAAAAUUUCCCUCUGCUCAUUACUUCCCCAUUCCAUAGUUAUCGCUUAGGCAGAAUGUACGUACAUCACGGUAACGUUUGACGCUUGUUAAUUUGGUGGUGCUGAAAGGGUUAAUGGCAUUUGGCAUGACUGAAUCCUGUCUACAGAUAUUUUUGACUCCUAAUGAGUAAGGUGAAACUUUCACAUAUAAUAUUUUUGAGUGCUGUGGAAUCCCCUGAUUGUAGUCACACCUCAAAACCACAGUACAUAUUCCCUCUAAGCACAAUAAACAGUGGUUAUGGUGUUGAGACUGUACAAACAAACACAGCACAAAAAACCUCAUUAAAAAAACAGCACAUUUGGAUACAUCACAGUACUCUUUUAAUAUAUAUAAUUGACCUGCUUUGUGAACAGCCAUUUCCCAUCACCCAAACCUUUUUAUGUAUGUUUUUUUCUUUUCUUCUUACAGGCAGUGGAAGAGGUUAACAAACAGCUUAGAGAACUGUAUCCCGAUAGCGAAGAACUCUUUGAUAUUGUUCUGAUGACAAAUAAUCAUGCCCAAGUUGGCGUAAGGCUCAUAAACAGCAUCAAUCACUAUGGUAAGUAAAAUAAACAGUGCGCUGUGUGGAUACUCGCUACUAUGGGGUAAAGGAAGCAUUUAUUCAGUCUAACCCUGCUUCGGACAGCUCCUUUUAAUGUGGCUGUGUUUAUUUGCUUAUGUCAGAGUGUGGGUGACAACGCAAAUUUUUCACCUUUCAACAAAUGCAUGAUCCCAUAGCAGUAGACUUAACUUGUCAUAUUAGAAUCACAGUGGAAUGACAGGCCUCUCUUCUGCAUGCAUCCCACUCAUGUCAUAAACCCCCAUUCAGAAUCUCUCAUGAUAAAGUUGUCUAACAGGGGGAUUAAGCCAAGAUAUUUAAGGCUGUGAGUAAUGAUCACUGACACCCCCCUCCUGUUUCUUGCCAGCAGGACGUGUUGGAAGUUAAAAGCAAAUCCUCACCACCGAGGGGCAGCUGUGAAGCAAUCUCUCCUUUAGUUUUAAGGUCAACAGAUAGCGCUAUGGGAGGGGGUAAUCUGGAUAUUCAGCUGCCCCCAGGGUGGUCUUGCGAAAGACUUUCAUCAUGACACCUAUGUCAAGUCUCUGAGAAUAACAAAGCCCAAAUGUUUCCAUUUCAAGUUAAAGAUAGAAUAAACUACAGCCUUUUCAAUGAGGCCUAAUGGCAUAUGGAGGAUUCAAAUGAUUUCUUUUAAAGCGUAGUUUUUUUCUUUUAUUUUUGUGUAAUGUUGGAAGGACAGAACAUUAGUUAUAUAUUUUUUUUUUUUUCUUCAUAAAGUUAUCUGCGGAUAUGCAUAUGUUCAGCAAAAAAAUUAUUUAAAAUUGUUGCCAAAAAAAAGUGUGUGAUUUUAUGUUAAAUGGAGUAUCUAAAACCUAAUACCAAUGGGUUACAUUACACUAGUUUGCAGUACAUUAUGAAAAAUGUAUUCUAUUCAUUAUCGGGCCAUGAGUUCUUUGUACCAUAGGGGAAUCAUAGCAUUGCAGCGAGACUUAAAAAAAACAACUUUAUUUAUUGCAACUCGGAUAUUUUGGGCAGAUAUUUCCAUAGAUUGCGGUUUAUAAUAUAAUUUUUUUUAAAGAAUAUUUGCAGAUCUUUUUGAAUAAUUUAAUCCACAGCAUUUUUUUUAUCAUGUGUCAUUCUGUAAUUUGUUUCCAAAUUCUACACUUACAUUUUAGACAGAAUCAACGGUCUUUUCCCAUAAUUUGUAAUAUUUACUGAUUCCCUAUAUUUAAAGAGACACUCCAGACCCCUUAAGCAUUUUAGCUUGCUGAAGAGCUUUGUGUGAAUGAAGAGUGUGUCCUCUGUUGUGUGGUUUUUUUUUUUUAUUUUUUAUUUUUUUAUUUUACAAAAAGUGCAGUUUAAUAGAAAUUGACACUUUUAUAAAUUAUAAAUUUUAUAAAUGAUUACGCCCCUCUGGCUGUCAACUAGACUACCGUUCUUGUUAUUUCCUGGUUUUGAUAGCUCAGUGGAGCUAAACUCAAGAGGCAGCAAUUGCCCAGAGCACCUGCCUUGCAUGAAUUCUCAUUGAUCUGCAUUGCAAAGUCUGUGAUUGGACAGCCACAGAAAGUCUGGGUGGUUUAGAAGGGGAGAGUUCCAUCUGGAAACGGAGUGCCUCUAUCGUGAGUCUUUGCUAUAAGGUCUGCCAUUUGCUUCUGGCAAUCAGUAUAAAGAAACAAGAAACCGUGCCAGGUCUAGAUUGGAUUGUGAUUGUCAAAUGGUAACGGGGGAACUAUUACUGGAAUUUCAAAAGCAGGGUGGAGUGCAAAGAGGCAAAAAAUGGGGGUGUUGUGAACCUGUGUCUAAAUUAAUUAGUUAAACCGUAGAAAGAUAUAAAUUAAUAGGAGCAGCAGUCUACGAGAAGAAAAAUCUUCAACCUUUCCACUAAAUAGUUUUAAAAGCUUAAAUUGGAAUGUGUACGUCAUUACAAUAUAUUGGUUCUAAAAAAAGUUAAAUAUUUUUUUUUUUAUUUUUUUUUUAGAACUAUUAUAUUGUAACUAGGCCAAAUUUAAGCUUUUAUAACUUUUAAUAAAACAUUAAAAAUCAGAUAUAACUUAUGUUAACCUUUUUGUUUCUUUUUUUAUUUAAGAUUUGUUAAAAGACAGAACUUGGGAUAACAUUGAAAAUGAAGAGGAGAAAUCGAAACAUUACUUCAUUUCUUCUCUAUGCUGUUUGUCCAGUUCAAAGAAUAGAGUUUAUAACAAAGGCUGACAGGCAGAUAAGAUGGCGCCCAGUUGCAGAACAAAGAGAUGUGCUUUUCUACAUUAUAUUUUUCACACCUCACAUAUGCACAUUUGUUCAAAAUGUACAGAAUAAGUAAACAAAAAAAAAGGCUCUCCCUUUUAUUGUGCAUCAAUAUGAAGAGAGACCUUUGAUUAACUCAAGCUAGAGUGUUUCAUUCAGUGGUGUAAUUUCCAGAGAUGUGAUGGUUCCGCAUUAAACCGCAAAUUUUCAAUUCUCUGAUGUUUAUAUCCAGACUUAUGUAAAUACUUAGAAAUCUUCAUACAAGAUACCAACUUCAAGUAAAAAGAUUAAAAGGACACUCCGAGCAGGAAAUUACCCAUUUAAUGCAUUGUACAGAAUGGAUAAUGCACAUAAAAAAUAAAUUUAAAAAAUUUAAAAAAAAGAUUGCAUCAAAAGCUUUGAGCAUUUCAUAUGCUGGAAAGUACUGUAGCCAAUCAGAAGCCUCUCAAUCUACUCAGUGGAGUCUGAACUGUGAACCUUCUAACUGCACAGCAGUGCAAAGAUGUAAAAGCAAAUCGGGCACUUGAUAUUUAUCUUUGCGCAGAUUAGAUAUGUGAGAGUAACUAGUGAAUUUCUUUGCCAUAGACGCCAUUAAAUAUUCAAAAGUUCUCUGAAAUGAAUUUACUGCUCAACAUUUACCGAUAUUACUCUUGUCUUAGGUUUGAAUAUUGAGCGCUUCUGCAUGACGGGAGGUAAAAGUCCAAUUGGUUACUUGAAAGCCUAUCUAACUAAUCUGUACCUAUCGGCAGACUCUGAGAAAGUUCAGGAAGCUAUUCAAGAAGGUAAGUCCCCUGUCUCAAAUAACCAACUAUGCAUCCACAGUGACAGUGCAUAGUGCGUAGCACCUAAAAAUCUACGUAGUAAUGAGUUACUGUUCCCCUCUCCACAAGAUGCUGAGGCUCUCGAAGGGUUAAAACCAAUAGGACCAGAUGAUGUAAAUAAUGCAAGUUUGAUUGAAGACCAAAUAAAAUCUAUAAUAUUCUAAUACUUCAAAACCAAAUAUAAGAAAUAGUACCCAGAUCACAAAAGAAAUGUGCUGAAAAAAUUUAUUUUGCGACAAAAAAAUUUCAUCACCUUCCAGCUUGGCUGGCUUUUGAGCUCUGAACAGACUGACCUUUGACAGCUAAGACCUUUAUAUAGGCCUCUUCUACCUUGAAUCCUCCGUAACUGUGCUGUGAUUGCUUAGCUUUGAAGCCAUCUAAUGCUCAGGUCUCUGAUGGGCAAGUCUCAAUUUCCAUAAGACUUUCAUGUUAAUGAUUACUAUGAGACUUUGCAUCUCCUGGCCCAUCGUGGACAUCUUAGGGGGACCAGGAAGAUCGUCAACUUCUGA